GUUGUUUACGCCUGUUCUCCAUGUUAAAUGAUAAUAAAAGUAACGAUGAUAUUUACAUUGCCGUAGUCGGGGUUCACACUGCGCACCGAGUGCACGGCCGCCGCGAGACCAACAAUUAUUGUGCGAUCGAUAACUUCAAAAUGGAGUUGAACUUUAUAACAACUUUAAUAAAACACGACGUGAAUCAUAAUGUGAAACAGUGCUUCAAAUCAAAAAAGCCUUUCAUAAGCAGAAAAGAAGAAGUCAUGGCGAUAAAAAGCAAAUUUCCCACCAAAAUACCCUUAAUAGUUGAGAGAUACCACAAAGAAAGAAAUCUACCAACAUUGGACAAAUCAAAGUUCUUAGUUCCUGAAGAUAUCACAAUGUCGCAGUUUCUAGUUAUAAUUCGGAAUAGGAUAAGAAUAAAACCAAACCAAGCCUUAUACUUGAUAAUAAACAACAAAUCAAUGCUCAGCAUGAGCCUCACGAUGGCUCAGGCGUACGAAAACUACGGCGAUGAAGACGGGUUUCUUUACAUCACAUAUGCAUCACAAGAAGUCUUCGGUUAUAAAGAUGAUAUGAAUAUCAAACAGUCAAAUCAAGAGGUCCAAGCAAUCAGACAUAGGUUUCCAAACAAAGUUCCGUUAUACGUGGAACGGUAUUCGAGAGAAAGGGAAGUCCCUGCGCUGGGGAGGAACAAAUUCCUGGUCCCACAAGAGCUUACAAUGUCUCAGUUCCUGUACAUCAUAAGGACGAAGAUGAAACUCAGAGAUUCGCAGGCGUUAUACUUGUUGGUGAACGACAAAGUCCUAGCGAGCCACAGUAUGACGAUGGCGCAGGCGUACGAGCAGUUCCGCGCACAUGACGGCUACCUACACAUCACGUAUGCAGCCCAGCAGGUGUUCGGUUGAACCAUGUACAUCAACCAAUUGGAGUAAACAAAUGUUCCUGGUGUCUUCUAAUUUAAAGACUGAUAGUAUUCUUUUUGUCCUAUUGUGAUAGUUAUAGUUAAAGUGUUAAUUCUAGGUCAUAAUCAAUUUUGUAAGGCAUGGAAUGGCUGGACCCGCUGCGAUAGGGCUCGUAUGAAAGUAUAAAAAACCAACUUAGGUUAAACUACUCUAAAGUACCGUUACAAUCAUUUCAAAAAUGAAAUAAGUGCAAUAAAAUGUGGUUACUAUCCUAUGAUCUCGAAAAUAUAUCCAACUGUAAAUUAUUAUUAUGUUAAGGCUAAGUUUAUGUAUUGUCUUGUCAUGUAUUGUAAAUAAAGACACGUAAAAUGUCGUAUUAUCUAUGUAGCUAAAAGAUUUGAAAUAAACUAUGUUAAACUAUUUCCUGUUGAUGUAUCCUUAUAUGUUACAGUCUAAUAUAUUUUAUUAAUAA